AUGUCCUUUGCAGGUUCCACGAACAAAUCUUCUUGUCCAAACUCCAUAAUAAAAAUGUGGGUUCUUCUCGAAGGGCAACCGAGGGCUAUAAAAUUGAAAGCUGAUUUAUCCGAGGUCGAAGACUUGGACGAUUUCGCACCUAUUCUCAAGAGAGAGUUCGAAGAGUUAAAAAACGUUAAAAAUCAAAAUAUCGUAUUCUUAGAUAACAACAACACACUUCUUUCACCAGACACUUGUUUACAAACUCUGGCAUACAAUACAACAGCUAAAACGCCACUUCUUGUUCGUUACUCACUCUCAAAUGCAAACAGUAAAUGUAAUAUACCACAUACCGGUGGUUCCUUAAAAGAGAUUCGGAAUGAGUAUAGCUUUAACAUCCUAGUAUCUCAGACCGAACUAAAUAGUAACAACUAUAAUCUUAAGUUAAAAGUCAAAGUCGAGGGUAAAAGGUCUUAUAGCGAUUGGGAACUAAAGGAUGUGUUUAAGGAAAUAUUACGACGGGAUUAUAAAUCUCUUGGUGGUAUGCCAAGAUUUAACUUGAAUGACCUACUCUCGUUAGAGCACCCAUUUACUGAGAACGAAUUAAAAAGUUUCGUUGAUGAACUUCAAAAAACACUUAAUGCAUUCAAGAAAGAAUUCGGCAUCAAUGAGGAGACGGCUCGUGAAUAUAUUUCUACCUUCAUGAAAACUGCGUUUUGCCAUAUACAAGACUACAUAAACGAAUCAGCACAGUUGAGCGUGGAAAUAGACCUGGAGGGAAGUCGCGGGUAUGGCCCUGUAGACUACAUGGUGGUUAUCAUUAAAAUUUUGGUGCUGUUAUGUGAAGCAAAAGCGGAAAAUAUGAACAAGGGAACAGCCCAGGUUCUUGUGCAAAUGCACAGUGCAAUAGAACAACAAUUGGAUAAACACAAGCAUGGCCAAAUGGAACAAGCGAUGUUUGGAAUAGUUACAACUGGAAAAUUAUGGCGAUUUGUCCGUUGGACCGGAUCAUUAGAAGAACCGACAGUUCAUAUUUCUGAAGAGUACACUUGCAAUUUUAAGGGUAACAUGGAACCUGAGAAGGAAAUGUCAAGAUAUAUUGUUCAGAGAUUACAAGCCCAAGCUAUGGCAUUUGGUGUUGAUGAUAAGGACAGUGGCCAUCCUUCAAAACGUCAAUAUUUCACCCAAAUUGGGAUUUGA